GAUGGACUCCGAUCCCGACUCUAGUAAGACAUGUAGACUUCAUUCUGUGUUUUGGCAUAUGUGUAGCAGUGAAGCUGAGAAGAGCAUGUUUUUCAAUGCUUAUACUGUACAAGGUUUAAAGGUGGAGCAAAGGAGAGUGUGCAUUCGUAAUAACAUUUUGUUAGGCAUCAAACAUGAGCAUAACUCAAUGCUAUACACACGUUCUCUCUUAUGCACUGGCCCAUACCAUCAGUAUCCAGUACCAAUACCUUUUAGGUCGAGGUUGCUGAGGAUAGUGGAUGCUAUGUCAAUCCGUUUAUAUGAGUUCCCAAUUGAAGCUGUGGAACUCAUUCAUCUAAGGUACCUCACCCUCACUUGUGACGGGAGGAUUCCUGCUGCUAUAUCCCAACUCCGCAACCUAGAGAAGUUGCUUGUAACAAGGCAUUUGAGCACCAAGUCACUUGAAGAUUCUUCAAUCUUGCCCAUGGAAAUUUGGGGUAUGAAAGAAUUGAGAUAUCUUCGGGUUGAAGGGUGCAACCUACCUAACCCUAGUAGUGAUGAGGUUUUAGCCAACCUCUCAACACUAUUAGAUGUGAACAUUAAUAGUUGCACUAAGGAGGUCCUAAGAGGCGUUCCAAAUAUAAAGAGGUUAGGAGUCCGGAUCCAGCUCGAGCUGGGAGAUGAUGGAAAGUCCUUCCAUCACUUGAAUAACAUAUCCAGUCUAGGCAAACUGGAAUCAUUUACUUGUGUGGUUGUGAAUCCUGACCUAAGUCAGGAUACUAUCACUCCACCUGCUCCUCAUUCCAUGUUUCCAGUGUCUCUUAAGAAGUUGAGUUUGAGUGGGCUAGGAUAUCCAUGGAGUUACAUGGGCAUAAUUGGCAGACUACCCAAUCUUGAGGUGCUCAAAUUACGUUGCUAUGCCUUUCAAGGACCACUAUGGGAAACAGAUUAUGCCAGUUUCAACGAGCUUAAGCUUCUCUCCCUCGAAGAUACUGAUCUAGUGCUGUUGCGAACAAGAAAUGCCAGCUUCGUUUCUCUUAAGUAUCUUAGAAUUAAACAUUGCUAUAACAUAGAAGAGCUCCCUCCUUAUUUGCCUUACGGUCUGCGGAUGCUUCAAGUAGCUGACUGCAGCCUUUCAGUUGUGGCAUGGGCAGAAAAAAUGAAAGAAAAUGAUAGGGAGAAUAGAAUAGAAAAGCUAACGAUUGAUGUCCAUUCUUCAUGGGAUGAUGAGGAUCUCGACUUAUGACUGACAACGUGCUUACAAAGAGGGCAGAGGAAAUGAAAACAGGGAACUUACAAGAAACAAGGCGCAUGCAGACUCAUGGGAUAACUUUAAAUAAUGACUGUGAGUUGCUUCAGAACUAAGCCUCAGUAUUAGUUUAAACCAACUAAAGAAGAGAAAAACCAACUGUGUUUUUUUUGUACUCCACAAUUUAUGGAAAACUGCAGUAUCAGUCCUAUGAAUAUAGGGUGGUUGCAAUAUUGCCAAGUUUUAUUUUAAGGUCA